AUGGCUAAGGAGGAAGAGGAGGACACACGAGCGAUCCGAGGGCAGCCGGGACAGAAAGAGCCCCUGGAUGAAAAGAUGCCGCCCGAAAAGGAAAAGUCGGGCAAAUUGUUCCCCAAAUCUGCCUUGUUUAAGGAGUGGGGGGAGAAUCUGUCUGAGGAAGACCAGAAAGAGGCUCAGGGUCUCUUUGAGAAGUAUGGAUACAACGUUUUUCUCAGUGAUCGCCUUCCCCUCGAUCGAGCUCUUCCUGAAACAAGAGAUCCACGGUGCUUAAAAAAGAGCUACCCAAAAGACCUGCCGACUCUCGGGGUGGUGUUGAUCUACCUGAACGAGGCCUUGUCCAUCCUCAAAAGGGCCCUGCGCAGCAUCAUCGACCGCACGCCCAAGCACAUCCUGAAGGAGAUCAUCAUGGUGGACGACAGCAGCUCAAACGAGGACCUGCAGGGGGACCUGGACGCGUACGUGAAGUCCCUGGAAGAGCAGCACCCGCACGUCCGGAUCGUGAGAGUGAGGCACAGCGAGCAGAAAGGCCUCUCCUACGCCCGGGCGUCCGGCUGGAGGGCGGCCACCGCCGACGUGGUGGCCAUCCUGGACGCACACAUCGAGGUCCACCACAUGUGGGCUGAACCUUUGCUGACGCAGAUCAAAGCCGACCGAACAGUGGUGGUCUCGCCCGUCUUUGACCGGGUCAACUUCGACGAUCUGAAGGUUAUCCAGUACAUCCCGGCCGCGCAAGCCUUCGACUGGGCGCUGUGGUGCAUGUACGAGGGCUUCUCGCCCGACUACUACAAACUGAACGACAGCUCGCUGCCCGGAAAGAGUCCGUCCGUCAUGGGGAUCCUCGUCGCCGACAGGAAGUUUUUCGGAGAAAUCGGUGUCCUUGAUGAGGGAAUGAAGGUGUACGGUGGGGAGAACGUGGAGCUGGGCAUUCGUGUGUGGACAUGUGGGGGUAGCAUUGAAGUCGUUCCGUGCUCAAAGAUCGCCCACAUUGCGAGGGCCCACAAGCCCUACAUGCCCGACCUGGACCCUGCCAUGAAGCGGAACGCCCUGAGGGUCGCAGAGGUCUGGAUGGACGACUACAAGCACAACGUCAACCUGGCAUGGAACCUGCCAUUUGAGAAUCACGGAAUCGACAUCGGGGACGUCACCGAGAGGAAGCAGCUCCGAGAAAAGCUGAAGUGCAAGCCCUUCAAGUGGUACCUGGAGAACGUGUAUCCCAAGCUGGACCUGUGGGAUAACAUACUCGGCUACGGAGGAAUGAAGAAUCUCGAUGCCAAUAUGUGCAUAGACCAAGGUCCGGUGCCAGGCCACGUCCCCAUCGCCUACAACUGCUACUACUAUGGACCUCAAUUCGUGUAUUACCGGGCCUCCGGUGAACUCUACGUCGGCGGCAUCAAGUCCCACAAGUACAACGACAACCGUUGCCUAGCCGACAUCGGCAAGACGGGACACGAGCCGGGCCUGUUCAACUGCAAAGAGGCCAUGCAGAUAGGAAUGGGGAUACUCUGGGAUUUCACUCAGGGCAAAGAGGUGAAGAACAGACAGACAAAAAGGUGCCUGGAAAUUGAAAAGGCCAAACUUCUCAUACGAGAGUGCACCGGACAGAGGUGGGAGAUCCGGUACAUUAUUAAAGCCUUUUAAACUGGGACGAGAAGAGCCCUG